UUGAAGACGUGAGGACGUUGUUGUGCCGUUUGUCGUCGAGCGUCAUUGUUACUUAAGACACGUUUUAGCUUGACGAGAUUAUACAAACGGGCAGCUUGAGCGCAAGAAAGACAGAAGGAGCGCGAGAGUGCGAAAUGAGACAGACGCAGUUUGCGCUUCAAAGCCGGAAGUGAGCUGCGUUCCAUUUCACAAUUGCAGUCAUUCCAACGCAAACCAAUCUUCCUAGCUUUUAUUUUUUUACACGACGCGCCGGAAAUACGCAAUUGUGUUCGCCUCAGCCUAUCAAGGAGGGAGCGUGUUGGGGUAAAAGUGUCAAAAUUCGCCUUAAAUGUAACAUUGCCGGCCGUCUUCUUCGUGGCUUUUGUUAUUGAAGACACGAUUUCGGUUGGUUUCAACCGUGCCGUCGCAUUGUUUAACUUUUGCUCGGUAACUUGGCCGGUCCACCUUUAAGCGCACGAGCCGAGCAGCGUCUUCACUGUGACAGGCAAGCUAGCCAGCGAUAACCCGGAAGUAGAUCGCGUCUUAUUUUCACAAUAGCGGUCAUUAUAAUGAAAAGUCAUAGUGGCGGAUUUUCCUUUGACACGACGUGCCGGAACUACGUUUAUAUAUUCACUUGCGCUUAAUAAACCAGAAGGGGUGAAAAAAACAUUGUCUAACUAACAUUGUCGACCGUUUCCGAGCGUCCUGUGUUAUUUAAGACACGUUUUAUAGCCUGCUGAGAUUACAACCCUGCCCCCCGCUGUCUUUUUUUUUUUAUUAUUGCUUUUUUUUUUUUUUUUUACUUCCAAAACGUGCUCUGACUUUGUUGAGUCGCGCGUCGCCGUGUGCUCCACCUUAAGCGAGAAAGGGAGGGCGAAACUUUUGGGUUGGAACUCAGCCGGUCCACCUUAAGCGCACGAGCCAGACGCAGGCAAGCGGACGGCCGAAGGUUUCCGCUUCUCCGCCGCUGCAACUAACGCACCAGAGAGGGAAGACCCCCCCCCCCACCCCCCUCGCCUCCCCACACCCCCCCCUCAAAAAAAAAAUAAUAAUAACACAAAAAGAAGGAGGAAAAUGUCCGACGCAAAGUACCGCGAGUGGAUUCUGGACACUAUCGACUCGCUGCGGUCGCGGAAAGCCCGGCCGGACUUGGAGCGAAUCUGCCGAAUGGUCCGGCGACGUCACGGCUGCGAGCCCGACCAAACGUGCGGCGAGCUGGAGAAGCUCAUACGCGAGCAGACGGUGCUCAAAGUCAACUACAAGGGCUCCAUUUCGUACCGGAACGCCGCCAAGGUUCAGCGGAGGUGCCGCAAGAAGGACGACGCGGUGACGGCGGCGGCUUCUGCCGCGGCGGCGACGUCAGCGGCGGCGGCGGCGGCGGCGGCCGUCAACGACGCUAGUCACUCGGACUUGAGCAACGGGGACAGCGCGCUCGGCCCCGCGGACCCGGACGACGACGACGACGAGGCCGACACCUCCAUGGCGAUGGACACAGACAGCAACGUGGACGAGGAGGGAGGCGACGAGAGUCGCGACGGACCCUCCCCCUCCCCCGCCCCCGUGUGCACGGCGCCGGCGGCCGUGUUGCGAGCGGUGUCCGCCCCUUGCUCGCCCUCCCGCGCUCGGCCCGGGCCCGUUCCAAACCCCGGCUCCGGUGUAGACUGUGCCCCCUCCUUCCAAAUGGCCGCCGCCAGGCCCAGCUCCCUGCCCCCCUCCAGCCCCAGGACCCUCGCACUCGCACAUGACUGGGCCAACGGGGUCAACGGGGUCGCUGGCUGCGACCAGGGAAUGCACCUAGACAAAGCGUGUGUAGCGACAGUCCACCCCGCGUCCGUCUGCCCGAGCGCCCCCAAGGACAACGUGAAGGAGGAGGACAAGAUGGAGGACAGCAGCCCCCUCUCGGACCAGCUAGUACCGGACUACGCCGCGCAACUGGGGAGGAGCGGCGGCGACUCGUCCGAGGCUCGAGCGCAGACUCUGUCGUCGUCGGACGAUUGUACGUCAAAGGAGAAUGCGGACACGCUCGCUCCCUUCGCGCAAGGCGUGAGCGUUCACGUGAACGGCGACGAUAAAAGCGACGACGUCUCGGUGAAGAAGGAGAAGAUGAGUCAGAACUUGCUGCAGUGGACCGUGGCCGACGUGGCCAGUUACUUCGCCGACGCCGGCUUUCCGGAGCAGGCGCUGGCGUUUCGGACGCAGGAGAUCGACGGCAAGUCGCUGCUGCUCAUGCAGCGCAGCGACGUGCUGACCGGCUUGUCCAUCCGACUGGGCCCCGCGCUCAAAAUCUACGAGCGCCACGUCAAGGUGCUGCAGAGGAGCCACUUCUUGGAAUGCGACGACCUCUGAUGGAUUGCACAGACAAUGGGGAGGACAUUUAAAAAAAUUAAAUUAAAUACUUCCACCAGGAUCCUGCCACACAUCAUCGCAUAUAUUCUAUGUACUGUAUAUAUGAAGAAGAUGCGUGGAAGAAGGAGAGGACCAGUGACAAUGGAAAAAAAAAAACGAAACAAAAAAAAAAAAAAAAACAAUCAUCCUACCUCUCAUGAAGAUCCUCAUUUCACCCGUGCAAAAGGAGCAGUGGCCCUUUAAGAAAAGCCACACGUGCACUUCCUGUGGACUUCCUGACCGUGACUCUCUUCUGACUCUUCGCUCCCACCAAAGUCACGCAGGUAAAUCAAAACACGCGUGUGUUCCGUGUACGUGCAUCCCGUUCCUCGCGUAGUUGCUGACACGUGACGCCCCGUGUUCGUUUCUCCCCUGAAUUUACCUCACUCCUUUGCAUCGUGAGCGGCGUGAUGAUAAACAGACAAGGAGGCAUAUUGAGGUUUUAAGGCCAGCGCGGUGGACCACAUGCAAUAUUUUGUGUAUCGCUCGUCUGACGCUUUGUCUUGGUUGUGAUACGAGUCAGGCAUUGGAAGUGUGUAACAUUCCAUUGGGUGUGCUAUUUUUUUUGUUUUGUUUUUAUCAAUCAGUACAUGCUUCCGACAAGAGUCGCAAAUAAAGCUCACGCCUCUG